GACCAUAGGGGACACAUGGCACUAUGGGACACGUGGCCUUAAUGGCCACAGGGGACAGACGAGGCCACGCAGUGCGGGGGUCGGGGAAAGGGAGGACUGCUCAGGAAUGGCGGCGAGAGGGGCUUCGGCGCCCGACUGGAGGCGCCUGGGGACAGCCCCGACGCAGAAACCUUGGGGGCUCAGUCCGUCCUCCACUUUGUUGAGCAGCUUCACCACCUCAUCGUGGAUGAUGAACACGAUGGCCACGUCCACGGAGACCCGGCCCAGGGAGGGGCAGUGCCCUAGUAGGACGCCUUGAACUCCUCAUUCCUCUGGACCUGCGAGCAGCCGUCCAAACGCCCCAAUGUCUGCGCGCCUCCAGGCCCUGCAUCCGGGUCUCCAUCACGGCCACAGGCGUGUUCCCGAAGCUGCGCUCGCGAUAGCUCCGAAUCCCGCGUGAACAGCAGUUUCAAGGGCUUGGUGGGGUUGGGCGCGCGGUACCGGCUGCGCUCGAGGAAGCGGAUUGCCUGGCUGCAUCUCUGCUUCGGCACGGUGGCCGUGAGGCUCUGAUACGUCUCCUUCAGCCCUUGUUCCCGCAGUCCCCUUGACCCCGUGAAGAAUCCUCUGUCUUUUGGGUUAAGGGAGGUCUGGUCGUGGAUGAACUUCGCCUUGGUGGUGUCCAUGGGGCGCUCGACCACCAGGCCGUCUGCCACGCCGGCGCCCGUGCCGCACGGCAGCCCGCGCGUGCUGUCCAGCCAUCGUUGGGCGUCCGGCUCGUGGUUGCUGAGGAACAUCCCGAACCCGACGGCCGCCCUGGGGCUGGAGCCUAAGGCCUCGGUACAGGCCUGGAUGCCAGGGCUGCGGACCGUCUGCGGCACGCAAUCCUGAUGCUUGGUUCCGCGGAGGGUGCGAGCGCUCGUCCCUCUGCGGCUGCGUCUUCACGUCCUCGGUGGCGAAAGUGAUGCAAAUUGCGAUGCUGCCUGCGGGGACCGCGACCCGGGUCUUGAGACCCCCGGCCGCCCCCCCGGACUUUGCCCCGCGUCUGUGCCGCGGGGAGGCUGGCCGGGUCCCCAUGCGUCGCCGUAUUGUCCUGGCGAGGCGCGGAGGGGCGACGUGCCGGGCGAGUCCCUCCAGAGUGAACUUUUUAAAGAACGUAUCGUUUAUGAUCUGUUUGAGGGUAGUUUGGAGAGAUCUUGCCCUUUCAACACUAAAUACUUCAAUGUUUAAGAACAAGGACAUCCUCUUACGUCACCACAGUGCAAUUAUGAAGAUCAGGAAAUUUAACUCUGAUACAAUGCUAUUAUUUAAUCCACAGCCCAUAUUCAGAUUUUGUCUACUGUCCUAAUAAUGUCCUUUAGAGAGAAUUCUUUCCUUGUCCACUAUUCAGUGCUGGGUCAUGCAUUGCAUUUAGUUUUCUUGUCUCUAAUCACCUGGAACGUUUCCUUAGCCUUUUUGUUUGUAUCCUGACCUUGACAUUUUUGAAAAGUAUAGACCGGUUAUUUUGCAGAAUAUCCUUCAGCUUGAUUUUGUCUGGUUUUUCCUCUUGGUUAGAUUCAGGUUAUGUAUAUUCGACAGGAAUACUAAAGAAGUGGUAUUAUGUCCUCAGUGCGUCAUAUCAGAAGGCACCUGGAGUCAAUUUGUCCCGUCGUUGGUGAUGUUAAGCUAACUUUAUGAAGUACGUCAUGAAACAGUAUUUUAUUUGGAGUUGGUGACAAGGGAGUUCAGAUGAAAUGAAGAGAAUAAGGCUAGAAUCACUACAGGUGAGUGGAAGGAAAUGCAAGGAGAAAACCUCACCAUCUGGAGCCUUUUUUUCCUGGAGGGUUUUUCGAGAUACCCAGAGUUAGAGAUCGUUCUCUUUGUCUUCAGCCUUGUAAUGUAUCUGAUAACCCUCCUGGGCAACAGCACUCUUAUUUUAAUCGCUGUCCUAGAUUCAUGCCUUCAAAGCCCCAUGUACUUGUUCCUGGGGAAUCUCUCUUUCAUGGAUAUUUGUUACACAUCUGCUUCUAUUCCCACUUUGCUGGUGAACCUGCUGUCAUGCCAGAAAACCAUUAUCUUUUCUGGGUGUGCUGUACAGAUGUAUGUGUCCCUUGCCAUGGGCUCCACGGAGUGUGUGCUCCUGGCUGUCAUGGCGUAUGACCGUUAUGUCGCCAUUUGCAACCCGCUGAGAUACCCCAUCGUCAUGAACAGGCAGGUCUGUGUGCAGUUGGCCACUGUCUCCUGGGUGACCGGCUGUCUGACCGCCCUGCUGGAAGCCAGUUUCGCCCUGCAGAUACCGCUUUGUGGGAAUCUCAUCGAUCACUUCACAUGCGAAAUUCUGGCCGUGCUGAAGUUAGCUUGCACAAGUUCACUGCUCAUGGACAUGGUCAUGCUGGUGGUCAGCGUGCUCCUCCUGCCCAUUCCACUGCUGUUAAUAUGCAUCUCCUAUGUCUUCAUCCUUUCUACUGUUCUGAGAAUCAGCUCAGCAGAGGGAAGAAACAAGGCUUUUUCUACGUGUGGUGCCCACUUGACCGUAGUGAUCUUGUAUUAUGGGGCUGCCCUCUCCAUGUACUUAAAACCUUCUUCAUCAAGCUCACAAGAAAUAGAUAAAGUCAUCUCAUUGCUUUAUGGAGUCCUUACCCCUAUGUUGAACCCCAUAAUUUACAGUUUAAGAAACAAGGAAGUCAAAGAUGCUAUGAAAAGACUACUGGGCAGAAUAACAUUGCAUCAGACACGUGAAAAUCUCUGACUGGGUGCCUGUGGCUUUUCCAGGAGUGCGCUCCUGGCAGAACUUGCCAGAGAAAUUCUAGACGAUAUACUCACCCUCAGAACACUGACUUGAACCUUAGCUCUAUAAUCACACAGAGUGAUUGCCUAUGAAUAAUAGUAGGCUCCAAUUUGCAUUUAGUAAUAUUUUCCAUCUUUUGUGUUUCGUGGUUGUGAGAAGUUUUGGACUAUAGAGUUAUUACAAGUUUGCUCCAGAAGGAAACUUGGAUAAAUUUAGUCAGUGAAUGUCGGUGCCAGAAGAAACUUGUAUAUCCUCUCUGCCUUAAGUCCUUUCUGGAAUGAGGCAGGAGCACAAAGAAACAAGAAAAGAUCGUCCUUGAUUAUGCAAGUGAGAAAACAGAAAGGAAAAUUAAAAGACUUGCUCAACAUCACACAAUUGCAGAACCAGAACUGCAACCCUUAUCCUUUCCACUUCUUUGCUGGAUCUUGUUCUCCCACACUGUGGUGGCUCCCUAACUACCCUUCCUCAUCCGGAACUCCUGAUUAAAACUGGAGGCUGGCCCGGUGGCCCAGCGGUUAAGUGCGCAUGUUCUGCUUCAGCGGCCUGGAGUUCGCCGGUUUGGAUCCCGGGUGUGGACAUGGCACUGCUUGGCGAGCCAUGCUGUG